CAUGAAAAAACAAGAAGUGAAAUUUUUUAACAAAAGCCCAUGUUUUUAGCAGGCAUAUCUUAAGCCUAUGUUUUGAUCAAUCCGAAGUCUGAACGGUCGUUGUCGAUGGUUCUUAGAGACCACCGCGACACAAUCGAAAUCGCUGGAAAUUUUCGACGCUGCCAAUUCCCUUCACCACCAUGUGGGGGAGGAGCUCACUGAGUCUCUCUUCCAAACUCCUCCACUCAAACCCUUGCAACCCUCUCGUUUCCACCUCAUACGGCGUCGUUCGGACGCCGAUUCCUAUCCCUCACCUCUACUCCGCGUCUUCAGAAUCGUUCAAUCUAGGGUUUUUGAAGCCCGAUGGGACCGUCGAUCUCUCGUCCAUGGCCGUCGGAUCGGUGGCUAGGGUUCGCCAAGUCGCCGAGCUCGCUCGCCAUUACUCUCGCUGCUACUGCGAGCUCUCCAAGGCUCGGCUCAGCAUGCUAGUAGUCGCGUCUUCGGGGACUGGAUUUGUUCUUGGGAGUGGAAUUGCAAUUGAUUUUACUGGCCUUUGUUGGACUUGUGCUGUUACCAUGAUGGUUGCAGCAUCUGCUAACUCAUUAAAUCAGGUUCAGUCUUAGAUGUGUUUAUUCUUUUUAAGUUAAAAUAGACUUUUGAUCCAUAAAACUUAGACACAUGUUCAAAUUUCAUCUCUGGAAUUUAAUUUUUUUAAUCCCUAAACAAUUUGAAAGGAGCAAUGUCAUCUUUGCAUCCUCAGCUGUUGUAGAGAUUGCAAAUGUGGCACAUUACAAAGCUGACAUGGCUUGCAUUUUUUGUUAUGACUGAUGAAUGGAAAUAUGAUAUUUCGCCUUUAUAAA